GCGUUUCUUUAACAGCUUAAGACUCUGGACUCAGCUACUGUGACGCCCACAGAAGAUGUCUAGAUAGUCAGCUGUCUGUGUUUUGAGACACGGCCUGUCUGUCACCGCUACCGUGUCACCGCUGAGGUCGCUGUUAUUCCUGUGGACUUCAGUCUGAAGUCGGACUCACUUAAAGAGGAAGGACAGCGGCUUGAAAAAGGGAAUAUAUAACAUCGAGGGAUUCUGUCACCGCUGACUGGGACAGUCUUUCGCUUCUCUGUCCACAAAGACAGCUGCUCUCACCGGACUUACAGAUUAUAGCUGCUGUGUAGUUGCAGGGUGCAAUGGAGGAUGGGAAGCCUGUGUGGGCGCCCCACCCCACCGAUGGGUUCCAGCUGGGCAUGAUAGUGGACAUCGGUACGGAUGCGCUCACCAUAGAACCUCUCAAUCAGAGAGGAAAGACGUUCCUGGCUGCCAUCAAUCAAGUCUUUCCUGCUGAGGAAGAUGUGAACAAACAUGUUGAAGACAACUGUUCUCUUAUGUAUUUAAAUGAGGCCACUCUUCUGAACAACAUCCGUGUCCGUUACAGCAAAGACUUGAUCUAUACGUCUGUGGCUAACAUCCUGAUUGCUGUGAACCCAUAUUUCGACAUCCCUAAACUCUACUCCCCAGAGACCAUUAAGAGCUAUCAGGGACGCUCUUUGGGGACACUUCCCCCUCAUGUCUAUGCUAUUGCGGACAAAGCCUAUAGAGACAUGAGAGUUCUGAAGAUGAGUCAGUCCAUCGUUGUGUCUGGCGAAUCGGGUGCUGGAAAAACAGAAAACACAAAGUUUGUUCUCAGGUAUUUAACCUCAUCUUAUGGAACAUGUCAAGAUAUAGAUGAGAGGAUUGUUGAGGCCAACCCCUUGCUUGAAGCUUUUGGAAAUGCAAAGACGGUCAGGAACAACAACAGCAGCCGCUUUGGAAAGUUUGUGGAAAUUCACUUUAAUGAGAAGAAUGCAGUUGUGGGCGGAUUUGUCUCGCACUAUCUGCUGGAGAAGUCUCGGAUUUGCAUGCAGAGUGCAGAAGAGCGAAACUAUCAUAUAUUUUACAGACUUUGCGCAGGGGCAUCGGAGGACAUCAGGAACAUGCUUCAUCUCAACUCUCCGGAAAACUUCCGGUAUUUGAAUCGCGGCUGCACCCGAUACUUUGCAAACAAGGACUCAGAUAAACAGAUCAUGCAAAACAGGAAAAGUCCAGAGCACGGUAAAGCGGGAGCCCUCAAAGACCCUUUGCUGGAUGACCUGGGAGAUUUCAACAGGAUGGUGGUGGCCAUGAAGAAAAUCGGCCUGGAUGACACCGAGAAGCUCAAUCUCUUCAGAGUAGUGGCUGGCGUCCUUCAUCUCGGCAAUAUCGACUUUGAAGAGACAGGAAGCACCUCUGGUGGCUGCAUCCUGAAGAACCAGACCGGUCAGACUCUGGAAUACUGCGCCGAGCUCCUGGGCCUGGACCAGGACGACCUGAGAGUCAGCCUCACCACCAGGGUCAUGCUCACCACUGCAGGGGGCGCCAAAGGCACAGUCAUUAAGGUGCCUCUGAAGGUGGAACAGGCCAACAAUGCCCGUGAUGCCCUCGCCAAAGCCAUUUACAGCCGGCUCUUUGAUCAUGUGGUCAAACGGGUCAACCAGUGCUUCCCCUUUGAUACAUCCUCCAACUUCAUCGGCGUGCUGGACAUCGCUGGCUUCGAGUAUUUUGAGCACAACAGCUUCGAACAGUUCUGCAUCAACUAUUGUAACGAAAAGCUGCAGCAGUUUUUUAAUGAACGCAUACUGAAAGAGGAGCAAGAGCUGUAUCAGAAAGAAGACCUGGGAGUGAAUGAAGUUCAUUAUGUUGAUAAUCAGGACUGCAUAGAUCUGGUUGAGGCAAAGCUGGUGGGUAUCUUGGAUAUUCUGGAUGAGGAGAACCGUCUUCCCCAGCCUAGUGAUCAGCACUUUGCAGAUGCGAUUCACAGCAAGCACAAAGAUCACUUUCGUCUCACUGUGCCCAGGAAGUCAAAGCUUACAAUCCACCGGAAUUUGAGAGAUGAUGAAGGUUUCAUCAUAAGACAUUUUGCUGGCGCCGUGUGCUAUGAGACUACCCAGUUUGUGGAGAAGAAUAAUGACGCCCUCCACAUGUCUUUGGAGUGCCUGGUGUGCGAGUCGAAGGACAAGUUUGUCCGGGAUCUCUUUGAGAACAACUCCAAUUCCAAGGACUCGAAGCAGAAGGCUGGCAAACUCAGCUUUAUCAGUGUGGGAAACAAAUUCAAGACCCAACUGAACCUUCUACUGGAAAAGCUACGCAGUACGGGCUCUAGUUUUAUCCGUUGUGUGAAGCCUAAUCUGAAGAUGGUGAGCCACCAGUUUGAAGGAGCUCAGAUUCUGUCUCAGCUUCAAUGCUCAGGCAUGGUAUCAGUGCUGGACCUGAUGCAGGGUGGCUUCCCCUCCCGAGCUCCGUUUCACGAGCUUUACAACAUGUACAAGCAGUACAUGCCCAACAAGCUCACAAGGCUUGAUCCUCGACUUUUUUGCAAAGCUCUGUUUAAAGCACUUGGCCUCAACAAGAACGAUUACAAGUUUGGCUUAACCAGGGUUUUCUUCCGCCCCGGGAAGUUUGCAGAGUUUGACCAGAUCAUGAAGUCUGAUCCGGAGCACCUGGCCGAGCUUGUAAAACGGGUCAAUAAGUGGCUGGUGUGCAGCCGCUGGAAAAAGGUCCAGUGGUGCACACUGUCAGUUAUUAAAUUGAAGAACAAAAUGAGCUUCAGGGCCAGUGCCUGCAUCAAGAUUCAGAAGACUGUUCGCAUGUGGCUAUGCAAAAGAAGACACAAGCCUCGCAUUGAUGGCAUAGUGAAGGUGAAAAUUUUGAGGAAGAGGAUGGAGAAAUUCAACGAAGCUGUAAAUGGACUCAAAGAGGAAAAACAGGAAGUGAGCAAACAGGUCGAGGAACUGGCCACCUCCACCGACGCCCUGAUGGCCAAGAUCAAGUCUACGGUGAUGAGCCGCAAGGAGAUUGAGCAGGAGUAUGAGAGCCUGGUGAAACGCUCCGAGCAGCUCCUCUCCUCAAUGCAGAAGAAGAAGCAGGAGCAGGAGGAGACGGAGAGGCUCAAGCGCAUCCAGGAGGAGAUGGAGAGAGAACGGAAGAGACAUGAAGAGGAGGAGCAGUUACGCAAACAGGAGGAAGAAGACCGCCGCAUGAAAGCCGAGAUGGAGCAGAAGAGGAAACAGGAGGAAGAGGAGAGAAAGAAAAGAGAAGAGGAAGAGCGAGUCAUGCAGGCUGAACUUGAGAUGCAGCUGGCAUUGGAGCGGGAGGAAGAGACUCAGAGACAGACUGUGUUGGAGCAGGAGAGGAGGGACAGAGAGUUGGCCAUGAGGAUCGCUCAGAGCGAGGCAGAACUCAUCCAGGAUGAAGCUCAAAUGGACCCCAGCUUGCGCAGUGAUGGUACCACAGGUGUUUGGUUCUUCACAGAGAUGGGUGUGCAGGUGCAGGCCAACAAGGUGGCAGCUGGGGUGAAGAAGUACGACCUGAGCAAGUGGAAGUACGCUGAGCUGCGAGACGCCAUCAACACCUCCUGUGAUAUAGAGUUGCUGGCAGCAUGCCGAGAAGAAUUUCAUCGUCGUCUGAAAGUGUACCACUCCUGGAAAUCAAAGAACAAGAAGCAAAAUACAGACACGGAGAUGAGGGCUCCCAAAUCGGUCACUGACUAUGCCCAACAGAACCCCGCUCCAGCCGUCCCAGCCCGGCAGCAAGAGAUCGCAAUGAACCGACAGCAACGUUACUUCCGCAUUCCCUUCAUACGACCCGCGGACCAGUACAAAGACCCUCAGAACAAGAAAAAAGGCUGGUGGUACGCUCACUUUGAUGGGCCAUGGAUUGCCAGGCAGAUGGAGCUUCACCCAGACAAGCAGCCGAUCCUCUUGGUAGCAGGUAAGGACGACAUGGAGAUGUGUGAGUUGAGUCUGGAGGAGACCGGGCUCACACGAAAACGAGGAGCGGAGAUCCUUCCGCGCCAGUUUGAGGAGAUCUGGGAGCGCUGUGGCGGAAUCCAGUACCUGAGGAACGCCAUCGAAAGCAAGCAGGCCCGACCCACCCAUGCCACCGCCAUGCUCCAGAACCUUCUCAAGUGAACAUCCACCGUUCCUUCUCUUGGUUUACAUUAUCUUUGCACGUGUAGAUGUAGACGUUAAAGUGGGGUAGUUAAAACAAUGGGCUGUACAACUCUAGUGGAAGCAACUGCUGUCUAAUUAACUUUUUGUUUGUAGUUUGUUCUUCAUUUUGCUGUGAACUUAGAAACCAGUCUUCAUACAAAUAUGAGCCUUGCUUGAACCUGUUGCUCAGAAAUGCCUUAAGAUUUUCAGACCUAAUUCAUAUUUCGAAGGGAUGAAUCUAAAAUACACUAGGUGUAAUCUUUCUAAAAUUCCAUAUUUCUCUAAAACUCUUACAGUCACAUUACUGGUUGCUUGUUAAAAGGCGAUAGCGUUAAGUCAUUCUCCUAAAAAUGGUGUUUUAAAAUUCUUAAUGUUCUUUUGAGCAAACUGACCAGCCCAAGCAAGAUUGGUUUAGACGGUGGCAUGGGUUUGGGUUUCCCUUUUCUGUGCAGUUCUGUCAGCUAGUGGUGCAGACAUUACACACUUAUGACACACUCUUAUAAGACUUAAGGGUCAUUAUUGUGGAGAAACAUUUAAUAUUUGAAUACAUUGAAUAACUAGUCAAAGUAUUCUUAAUCUAAUCAGAUGAUGAUGGUAAAGGCUAAUGA